AGAUCAUGAAGCCGUCAACAAUGUAUACAUAAAACAGAAAAGAAACCUCGCUGCCGUGUCUCAGACGUCACUUCCGGGUAAAAGCGGAAAACAAGAGGAGCCUCUGGCCAUAUGUAAAUUCAUCGUUAGACGUCCAAAAUUAGCCUUUGGUUUGACUUUAGGAUGGAAUGUAUUUGUCAUGUUUCUGUCCGCCAUUUUAAUUCAAACCGGAUAUGACCUUAUACCUAUUGACUUCGCGGGAAUUCCAUUGAAUAUACUGGAAGAUCGAGCGUUUUUACGAGUAAAGGCCUGGAUGAACCGAGGUGAAGAUGGCACGGUCCUCUCAAAUGGAGCUGAUGUCGGCGGAGAAAGAAGUAGCGUAGCAGACAGUUUGCAAAUAUUCUACCAAGCCGAUAAUGUUUUUACCCAAGAACAUCUCCAGACGAUUUCGGAUUUUGAAACCAAAAUAUUGUCAGUAGCAAACUUUGGGAAAUAUUGUAAAGCCGAUUCUAGAAGCCCAACAAAUAACUGUUCUAAGCCGUUAUCCAUUCUUCGCUUCUUUGACGGUACGUUUGGUCCGACGUUCAACGAUCCCACAUUUUCGGACAUCGUUGGGAAAUUAUCAGCCGCUCAGAAUUCACCCAAACUCAAUGAAGUUUUACAGUUUUAUUUGGGAAAGGAGGCGGUGAUAAACAGUACCACUGCCACGGCAAAAUCCUCCAUCACAAGAUCCAUGAUACAAUUCGGAUAUCCGCUAGCAGGAUAUGACGAACAGACAGGAGACGUCGAUGAACAACAGAAAAAAGUUCAAACAUUUUUGGUAGAAAAUGUGAGGGAUUUAUUAAUAGAUGCGAAUGAAAAUGGAUUAUCGGGAUUAACGGUGACGUAUACCAGUGGACAGCUGUUCAGUUAUUUGAUCCAGUCGCAAGUGAUAAAGGAUUUAAUGUUAGCUGCUGGGAGUUUUCUUUUCAUCUUCAUCUUCAUGCUAAUACAAACCCAGUCUCUGUUUAUAACUUCUUGUGCUGUUGGUGGUAUCUUGAUCAGCUUUCUUGGAACCAACCUCGUCUACAGGAUCAUCCUUGAUUACCAAUAUUUUGGAAUCUUUCACGUCCUUUCUAUAUUCAUUGUCCUGGGAAUUGGUGCCGAUGACGUGUUCGUGUUUAAUGAUACGUGGAGAGCCACAGCACAUGAAAAGCACGAGCGAUUAGAUGAAAGAUUGUCAUCUUGUUAUCGUCGAGCAUCUAAAGCCAUGUUGAUAACAUCUUUAACCACCACAAUCGCUUUCAUCGCCAACGCUUUUAAUCCCAUGCUAGCUAUUUCAUCUUUUGGCAUCUUCUCCGGGAUUCUGGUUAUGGUGAAUUAUCUGUCCGCCAUCACGUUUUUCCCGUGUGUCGUUAUCAUCUACCAUCUAUACUUCGAGAACUGGACAUGGCCUUGCUUCAGAUGCUGCAAGAAGAAGGUUGAGCCGACCAAUUUAACGGAUGCUGAGAAGUUUGAUGGCCACAGAAAGAACCUCAUCGUGCGGUUCUUCCGGGGUCCAUAUUACUACUUCGUGGUGCAUAAGGUAGCUCGAUGGGUGUUACUCGUGUUAUCUUUGGGGCUGAUAGUAUUUUUUGUGUAUAUGGCUACAACCAUUGGCCCACAAGAAGAACAGAUCCAAUUUUUGAAAGACAGCAACAAUUUUCAGAAAGCAACGAAUUUAAACUUGCAAGGGUUCCGACCUAGUUCCGACGACAAUGUCAUCAAGGUUUAUAUCGUCUGGGGUUUGAAACAUCAAGACCUAAGUGCCUGCCAUAAAACAGAUUCUAAAUGUAAAGGAAAAACGGUUUGGGAUGACGGAUUUGAUUUAAAUCCAAAACCCGCCCAAAUGUCUCUGCUGCAACUGUGUAAAAGAAUUGAGGAUAUGACGGAUGAAGAAAAUGGUGAUUUAAAAAUUCGGAGAAAUUCGAUUACAGGAAAAUUAGAAGUGAAAUGUUUUCUCGACAGGAUAAAUGACUUUCUAAUUAACGAGGGUAAUGAUACAUCUCUAUACUCACCAACUGUCGACCUGAGCCUACCUACGUCAGAAACCAAAAUGGCGACUUUUAUGGGUGCACAUCCUGAACUAUACAAUAUGUCCGCCGUUUCGCCAAAUUUUUACAGAUAUUUUGAGACAGGAAUGUCCUAUUGGUUGAAUAAUGGAUAUAGUGGUGUGACGUCUUAUGAUUUCCGGGAAUACAAUAAGUUGAUUGGUGUAGUUAAUGAUACGUUUGAUACACAACUAAUUUCCAAUUCAUCGGUCUGGACAUUCGGGACUAGAUUACGUUAUGCUGCCAUCACGGUGAAUACGACGUUACAGGCUGGAAAACUCGGGUUCGAGAAAGGUCUGGUAACGGUGGAAGCCUGGGAAAAAUUCGUCAACGACGAGGUUGCUAAGUUACCGCCAUCAUUAUCUGGGGGAUUUCAGUGUACACCUGACCGUGGAAAUACGUGGCACUGGCUCAAAGUACAGAAGUCUUUAGUUUUCAGUGCUAUACAGGGAAUUAUUAUUGGUAUUGCCUUAGCCUUGCCAAUCCUCACCAUAGCAACACAAAACUUCAUCCUUGGUUCCUUAGCAACGUUAACGAUUAUGUGUGUAACUGUUACAGUCGUUGGUAUCAUACCAUUGGCAGGCUGGAAAUUGGGGGUACUGGAGUCCCUGAAUCUGUCAUUGGUGGUCGGGCUGGCUGUGGACUAUGUUGUACAUUUGGCGGAAGGAUAUCAUAUAUCUAAACACACAGAUAGGAGAGGGCGACUAAGAGACAUGUUAGAAAAUGUCGGAAUAUCUGUUUUAUCCGGCGCGUGCACAACUUUAGGUGCUUCAUUAUUUAUGCUAAUGGCGGAAAUUUUAUUUUUCAUGCAAUUUGGUAUAUUCAUGUUUUGCACAAUAGGAUUUUCUCUGAUUUAUUCCUUGGUAUUUUUUACUGUUAUGCUUGGCAUAUGCGGGCCACAAAAUCAGACUGGCUCUAUUACUCCGUUAAUCACGUGGGUUAAAAAUAAGCUCACUGGUCGAAACAAAUAUGACGUAGACUGUGACGUAUGCGAAGGCCAUGGAUUUCGCGCACCUGUGAAAAAUGGUGAAUAAAAUUCUGUAAAAUUUGUGAGUAAAAUUUAUAUUUAUUUUGAGC